AUGAAUUUACAGCAUGCAAAAUGGAGAUCAGAGCACCACAGCAAGCUCAGAGAGGACCGUCUGUACAAACAGCUUCUGAAUAAUGCAAGCCAGAUCCUUUCUUUCUCCGAUGAAGUUAUGGACGAGAUGGGGGCCAUUUCAUACAGAAAAGCUGACUUUAGCUGGCUUUUCCAUGCCACGGGCCCCUUAGCACCAGGUACCAGAUUAAAGAAAAUAAAGAGGCAUGAGAACAAUGAAAUACCCUGCAACAUCAACUGUUUAACCCAAGAAGAAGGCAGAAUUUCAGUACAGGCUCCUGCAGUGAACAAUAAGGAGUCCUCUACAGAGGACUGGGAAGCCCAAAGCAGCAGGUGGCAGGAGUUUGCACAAAAUAAGAGGAGUCAACUAUUACAACUAAGAAAACAACACAGGAUACCUGGUUAUGUGCUCUCUCCAGUAAGCACAGAUGUGCAGAACCGCUUUAAUAAGACCGCAACCACUGUGACCACCAAGCACAUUGAGAUCCCACAGGCCCCUCGGCUACAGGAUAUCUUGAAUCCAAGUGCCGGCAGUCAUGUCACAAAGAACGUCUCUGAACAGGAGAUCUUCUCAGGAACUGGUAGAAUUGUAAAAGCGGAGCAGAGAUGGAUGGAUCAGCCUACCAAAAUUGACUCUGCCCUCAAGCAGGUUCUCAGACCUCCUGACUUCAGCGGACAGGAUCCUGAGAUGCCCAAACAGUCUGUGGCUGAACUUUCCACACUUCGUUAUGCAGUUGAUCAAUGGAGGAAUGCCUGCAACAUCAGUCAACAUGGUAAGGGAUGCCAAUUGAAGGCAGAUCCUCAGGAGCUGCAGGCUCUCAUUGUCUUGGCACUUGAUGACCCUGUGAAGAGAGUUCAGAUGGCUGCUGCAGUGUGCCAGUAUGCCAUGAGGACACCUAACGCACGCGACAGAGACAUACUACAAAGCACUUUGAAGCAAGACCCUUCUGGCACAGGUGCAGACAGCUGGGUGGCGGCACAGUGCUUGGCGAUAGACGGUGAUACGAGCCAAGCUGUCAUACAGAGACUCUUGUCACAGCACUUUCUCAGAGACGCUCCUUCAGAUCACGAGCAGUCUAUGAUGCUACUCUCCAACAUUAGCAGCAAGACUACACUAGUGCGCUCACUUCUGGCAGAAGAGUUAAACAGUGCUAACUGGAGAACACGAGUUCAGGCCUGUACUAGCAUUGCACAGCUCAGAAGUCCAAUAAACAAGGAUCUUUGCAACAAACUGAUAUAUAUGAUGUGGAACGACUGGAGCUGUGCUGUUUGUCAUGCUGCAGCGCUGGCUCUGAGUAAAAUGGAUGCAGCCAGAGAGAUGCACAGUGAGCUGAGUGCGAAGCUGGAGGAGGGUCCAACUGCUUGGCGGGUGGAAGCGCUGAUCUUCAUUGGUCAGCUCAAUAUAAUGACGCCCAAGCUACUGCCUACAUUCCUGCGGUGCUUUAAUGAUGACUUUGUGGCUGUGCGCAAACAAGCUUGUUUGACUGCAGCAUCUCUAAUGAUGGAUGACCAGUUGGUCCUGGAUCAGCUAAUUAACCUGAUGCAGAAUGAUCCAUUAUGGGAGGUGAAAGUGGAAGCAAUUGAUGCUUUAGGGAAAAUAGGUUGGAUGAACCCAGCUCUCCAGGAGUUGCUGAUGUGGGCUGUACACCAUGAGGAGGAGCCCAGUGUGCGCAUUGCUGCCUGUAAGGCCCUGAACACUUUAGAUGCAAAGGGCCCAGAAUUACAGCAUUUUCUACAGGAUCGUUAUGCACUGGAACCCAACGCUGACGUGCAGAGGCACAUUGAAAGUCUUCUGAAAAAGCAUGGAUACAAUCUGAAGGGAAACGAAAGCAAGAUUCAUGAGAUAAAGCUCCAGGUGGAGCUGUUGUGUACAAAACACAUCAUUACACAGAAAGUGCUCUUAAUGGAAGAGAGGGGAAAGCAGCAAGAGCAAAAAUUAUUGUGCUGAAUUUAUGGUUGUCCUGCUAUAUCAAAUAUUAUAA